AUGGAAGAGAUAGAGUUAAAUCAUGAAGAAAGCACUGUUUUAGAAAAUAACACACUGGUGGAAAACACUGAAACGUUUGAGGAUCUAACAGAGGCAACAAGUGCACAAGUUGGGGAGAAGGAACCAGAAGAAAUUGAACCUCCUAAUAUCUCAGAAGCAGUUGAGGAUGAUGUGGUCAAGCAGGGUUCACAGCUCUCAUUGGGCGUCCUGACAGAAGACAUGUCCAUUGCUGAGACAAGUGGACCACAGAGGGACGAAACCGAGUCUAUGCAGGGUAUGAUAACAGAAGAGGAGGAUGGAAUAGAACUUAUAAAUGAGAACUUGGAGGACACUGAUGGUCCUAAAAUAGGACAUUUCAUUGAUGAUCUUCUAUCGCGUGAGGACACUGAGGAGGAAGAGGAGGAAGAGAAUAAACUUCCAACUCCUGACCCAGAAAAUGAGAGGACCAGCCCUUCUAAUGAAUCACUGGUUCCUGGAGAAGAGGAAGAGUUUGGCCUAAGCAUCAAUAAUAAGGAACAUAUGGACCUGCUACAUGAACUACAGGCUGAGAAUGAAAAGCUCACCAAGCUAAAUGGUCAGCUGCAGACCAAAAUAGCGGAAUAUCUCAGUAAGAAGACAGGUGCCAAACUGGAAGGAGAUAUCUCAGGACAGGAGCAGUACCAAAAGUACAUGGAGCUCAUGGAGGACCUGAAAGUGCAGCAACACCGUUGCUCAGAGCUCCACCAACAGCAGACUAAGGAGCUCCGCCAGCAGAGCUUAGAGAAACUGAACCAGGUGAAGCAUGAGUUGAGAUCCUUUGCUGCAAUGAAAUAUGAGGCUGCAAGCACAGCACUGACUGGGAAGAUGGGCAAACAGGCAGCAGUGGCAAAGAUAGAGCAGCUGCAGGCAGAAGGACUGAAGCAGGAAGACAAGCUGGCAUGCGUGCGUCUCAACAGUAUCAAGCUCAAGAACAAGAUAUGUCAAAUUGAGAUGGCACUUAGAUCCAAACGGGAGCUGGCUGAUGGCUUGCUGUUGAUGGACUUUGAGCAGCUCAAAACAGAGAACAAGACAUUGAGCCAAAACAUGAAUGAGCGCAACGAGGAGCUAAUUGAUCUGAAACAGAAGGUUGCCUGCUCUGUGCAGGGGAUUUCUCAUAUGAAAGAGAAGCUGCAUUUCAUGCAGAUAGAGAAUAAGGCCAAACACACUCAACUUGCCAAGGCAGACACAUUGGUGGCUCUUAAACGUGAAGUGCUGACACGUACCCGACAGGUUCGUGACUCCCUACGCGUAGACAGUCUUAAGCUGCAGCAGCGCUGUGGCCUUCUGGGAAACACCGCACUACUGCGGGACUUUGAGGAGAAGGUAGACACCUCUGAAUGCCUACAGCAGAGACUGGAGAUGUUAAAGAGACGUCAUGCUGAGCUCAUACUGAAGUGUGCUGGAGUGAAGCAGAAGAUUGAGCAAAGCAAACCCGAGUGCCAGUAACAUCACAUGUGCACUUGCAUCCCCUUCAGUAAAUUGUUUCUGUCAAAUGUAAUGUGUAACUUGACAAAGAUCAUCUUUUGCAAACUAUUAAAGUUUAUACAAAAAUAAAAAAUAUCUGGUGAGAAAUAA